CACUGCUCCGCUUCUGCUGGCUGCAAUUCGCAAUCACAACAGGUCAACAACUUUCUAACUCCGCGGCUCAGUACUCCAGCUCCGCUUUAUCAAACAGACGUCAACUGACUGUUUUUCUACAUUAUUUUUCCGGCAAAAAUGUAGUUUUUAUAUAACUAGAACCGGUGAUUCGAGUCAAAUCUGACAGUGCCAUAAUUUUUACAAUUUUAAACCUUUUAUCAUAUUUUAUAUUAAACUUGCCAAAUCAUGUCUGAAGUUAAACUUUCAUUAGAAGAAGAGUUGCCCUCUCCAGAGCUAUUUUCUGAUCCAGAAGUUGAUACAAAUGUGUCUGUAGCAGGGACAACCGAUGAAACAAGCUCUACAUCUGCUGGUUGUGCUGAACCAGAUCUUGCCUGUGAUGACACUGAUUGGAAAGGUAUAAGUUUAGAGGAAAUUUAUAAGCAUCAUGGACCUUUCGAUUGGAACCACCUACCACCAAUACAUCCAACAUCAAACCAUACAGUUCUCUUUGAGCUGCCUCUUACCAAUAGGGGUCCUCCAAGAGCUUAUCCCUCCAGCCAGUCAGAUAAAUGGAGUCAAAAUUAUGUGCGAAUGCCACACUCUGUACAUAGUCUUUAUCCUAUUGAUCCAGAAAAUGAAUCGAGUGGCUUUAGACGUAGAUGGGAAGUAAUUCAAGAAGCAUUAUUGCAAAGUUUUAUGUCUUCUGAGCAAUUACAAAUGGCUAUUUUAUCUUAUAAUCACAAAUAUGCCAAAAGAUGGAACUUUUCCGCCCUUCAUCAUUUUUUCAACAAAUAUAUUGAUGAAGAAGAAAUGGGAUUGUGUUUGGGUUCUUUAAUUCCGAAGAUGAUUCAACUUGCCUUGCAACUCCCAGAUUUAAUCACUGGACCAUUACCUUUAUUAAAACGUCAAACCAAUGCAUCAAUAAGUCUUAGUCAACUGCAAGUAGCUUCUUUACUGGCUAAUGCAUUUUUUUGUACAUUUCCACGCCGUAACUCAAGUAAUCCUCAAUCAGAAUAUGGCACAUUUCCGUACAUAAAUUUCAAUGGAUUAUUCUCCUCUUUUAGCGAAAAGAGAAGUUCAAGAUGCAAUUCUGUAAUGGAAAAAUUAAAAUGUCUUUUCCACUAUUUUAGAAGAAUAACUUCAAAAAGUCCUGAAGGAACUAUUACAAUACAAAGACGAUACAUUGCCAGAAGGAAUUGCCCUAGAUGGAAUGAUCAAAAAAAUAAACUUCCUUCACUGCAUAUUUCAAGUAAAGGUACUAUUGAAACCCAAGGAGCUGGUCUCUUACAAGUUGAUUUUGCAAAUAAGUAUGUAGGUGGUGGUGUUUUGAAUUAUGGUUCUGUUCAAGAAGAAAUAAGAUUUGUUAUAUGCCCAGAAUUAAUGGUAACAAUGUUGGUUGCCGAAGCAUUAGAGGAUACAGAAGCUCUCAUUAUCAAAGGUGUUGAGAGGUACAGUAAAUACAAAGGAUACAGUAAUACUUUUAUAUGGGAUGGCGACUUUAUCGACGAAACUCCAAGAGAUAGUAGUGGAAGAUUAAAAACAUGUAUAGUAGCUAUAGACGCGUUACAAUUUGAUCAACCCAAAGUACAAUUUACCAUGGGAAAUGUCAUUCGAGAGUUGAACAAGGCCUACGUUGGUUUCAGCACUGAAAUUGCAUCGACCAAUUUACCGGCAGUAGCUACAGGAAAUUGGGGGUGUGGUGCGUUUCGUGGAAAUCCACAAUUGAAAGUAUUGGUUCAAUUAAUGGCAGCUGGUGUAGCUGGACGGUCAGUAGUAUAUUUUACAUUUGGUGAUACAAGUUUAAGGGAUCGAAUUGCAGAUAUGUAUUGGCAUCUCGUUCGAAAUAACGUUAAUAUAGGCCAUUUAUUUACACUCAUAUCGAAAUAUCAAGAAGUAUCAGUGGAGAAUCGGGCGGAUUUUUAUCGUUUCUUAUAUAAUCGAACAAAAAUGAAGUCGUCUGUACACUUUUUCAAUGAUAAAGAUUUUUCAUCAAAGUCGUUUGAAGAAGAAGACGGUGCUGACAAAAAUCGCCCAGACAAAUGGCGUUUCAACAUGGACUUCAAGAAACAUGCCUCAAUCGCCAAACAAAAAGAAGACGCUUUAGAAGAAAAAAUUGGUAAAUGGUUGGAGCAUGUAGAAAGUGACGUUGCGGCUUUAGAUGAAGCCGAGGCAAGUACAUCAAAAGCGGAGGAAAGCGUGCAGAUUGCAAGUACCAGUGGUAAAGAAACAGAAGCAAUUGCUGAAAAAAACGAUCAGCCAAGCACUGUAUCUGUACAAAAUAAAAAGAAGCAAACUUUCGACGAAUUGUUUGGAGAAAAAAAAGCCAUGGUUCAUUCUCCAAAGAAAAAAGUAUCUGCUCUCGAUACUCUGGAUAAACUGUUAAUCGAAGAACCGUCGGUCAAAAUGGAUGUAAAAAGUGUAUCGAUGGAAGUGGACGUUAAAAUUGAGAAACAGGAAGAGAUAAGUUCUUUUCAAAAUAAAUUAAACUCUUCGAAAAACCAAAAAGAGAGUCAAAAGAAAAUUUCUGAUUUUUUUAUCGUCAAACGAAAAGAUGAAUUGUAAAUUUGACUAUACAAAAUUUUAGCACUGAGAAUACGAAUUUUUUAAUCAUGGAGCUUUUUAAUGAUGUAUAUAUUUUUAAGAAAUUACAAUGUAUGAAAUUACAAUUUAUUGAAAAUACUAAAUAUAUUUUAUUAUUUCUUGCAAGUGGUUUUCACCCACUCGCAUCGAAAAAGUAGAAGUAAAAUAAAACAAA